AUGAAUGCCAACUCUCUUGUUCUCGCUCCUGAGGGCGACGUGAUAUUAGUCGUGGGUGGGAAACGAUUUCGCAUACAUGCGGACUCUCUCUUCCUUAAACGGCAUUCAACAGUCUUUGCAGCUCUGCUUGGCCCAAACUUUCGCGAAGGUCAAGAUUUAAAUACCUCAUCUCGAAAGAAGAUUCCUCUGCCAAAUGAUGAUCCGUAUGCCAUGACGGCGAUCUGUGCAACAAUAUACCACAACUUUAGUCACAUUCCGCGGAACCCCACAACAGACCAAGUUCUUAGUAUAAUCAGACACGCGGAUAAAUACGAUUGUUACGAUGUCCUCACCCUACCAUCCCAGGUCUAUGGCUGGCUCAAAUCCGAUCAUUUGACGCUUGGUAAAGACCCAGCAAAUAUUCUCGCUGUGUCGUAUUUAGUUAGAGAUUAG